GCCGCCAGCGCCGCCACCAUGAGCGCCCCGGCCGCCGCCGCCGUGAGCGCCCCGGCCACCGCUCACACUGACCCCGCCGCCGGCCCCAGCCUCGCCCCGCUGCUGCACACCCUGCAGGACCCCGCCGCCCCGCCGGGAGAGCUCACGGACGCGCACCUCACCAUCGUCAGUCGCCUGAGUGGUGAAGGAGGCAAAGUAUUCAUUGCAGAUGUCAGAAAACACUUUCCUCAGCUCUGCAAAGUGUUUAAGGCACACAUUUCUAGUCCAAACUCCGAGCUCAGUAAUGCAGCAUUGCAGGCCUUGGGAUUCUGCACUUUUAAUUCAGCUAAUACAGCUGAAUUAUCUGCCACGGAAAUGCAGGAUCUGCUCUCGGCAGUGAACGGCGUCGCCGUGAAGUCUUCCGACAAAAACACCCGCACUCGGGCACUUUGGGUCAUCUCCAAGCAGGCCUUUCCUCCUGAAGUUGUCAAAAAGGAGGUGUCCAAUAUUCUCUCUUCCCUGGAAACAAUCCUUACCAAAGGAGAUGUACAGUCUGUUGUGGUUGAAUAUGAAGCACUUAAUGUCAUCAUACGCCUGAUGGAGCAAACCCCAGCCCAGAUGGGAGAGGAGGCUGUGAGGUGGGCCAAGCUCAUCAUCCCUCUGGUUGUCCACUCUGCUCACAAGGUGCAGCUGCGAGGGGCCACUGCCCUGGAGAUGGGAAUGCCACUGCUCCUGCAGAAACAGCAGGAGGUGGCAGCUGUCACCGAGCACCUCAUGACCACAAAGUUGAUUUCUGAGCUUCAGAAAUUGUUUUCUGCAAAAAACGAGACUUUUGUGCUGAAGUUGUGGCCACUGUUUGUCAAACUGCUUGGGAAGACUCUCCAUCGUAGUGGGAGUUUCAUCAACUCCCUGUUGCAGCUGGAGGAACUUGGAUUUCGGAGUGGCUCCCCAGUGGUAAAGAAAAUUGCCUUCAUUGCAUGGAAGAGUCUCAUAGAUAAUUUUGCUCUAAACCCAGAUAUCCUGUGCAGUGCUAAAAGGCUGAAAUUACUGAUGCAGCCCCUGAGCUCGAUCCAUGUGAGAACAGAGGCUCUGGCACUCACCAAGCUGGAGGUCUGGUGGUAUUUACUCAUGAGGCUGGGAACUCACCUGCCUUCAAACUUUGAACAGGUCUGUGUCCCAUUAAUCCAAAGCACUCUGAGUCUGGAUCCUGCUGCUGCAUUCCCAGGAACCCCCUCACGCCUUCCAGCCAACCAGAGCUUGGGCUCAGCCACCCCUGGGCAGAAACCAGGUCCUUACCCAUUGGUGAGUCCAGCCACCCCGAGGAUAAACCUGAAUUCCAGCCCAGCAGGAGGGGUGGUGUUUUCUUCCAUCCAGCUCCUGGGCAUUGAAAUGCUGCUGCACUUCCUGAUGGGACCAGGAGUUUUAGAUUUUGCUAAGCAAAACAAACUUGUACUCAGUUUAGAGCCUCUCCAGUCCCCACUGAUCAGCAGCCCUUCUUUUUUUUGUAAGCAUGCCAGCACACUCAUCAAUGCAGUGCAGGAUGGCUUUAUUGCAAUUGGAAAAGAAGUUCCUGAUUGUAUGCUGAAUGUUAUAUGGAAGGACAUAAAUGGAUAUGUAAAAACAGCAAUUGAAUCAGGAAAUAAGAAAGAAAAGCAAGGGUCAGAAAUCCUCACUAUGUUGCUCCAGGCCUUGAAAAACAUUGUGAGAUCAAGCUCUCUUCCUGUGCAGAAAGUACUGUCCCUCAUUGAUAUUACUGUUAAGGAGUUGCCUCCAAAAGUAUUGGGAUCACCAGCUUAUCAGGUUGCUGAUAUGGAUCUUUUAAAUGGAACACCAGCUUUGUUCUUAAUCCAGCUGCCUUUCCAUAACAACCUCUUGGAAUGCUGUGUAACAGAUGAGAGAUUCUUUGUGAUUCUGGAAACACUUGUGGGUUAUGUCCUGUCUGGGCCCACAUCUCCCCUGGCUUUCAGUGAGUCUGUGAUCUGUGUCAUCAACCAGAGCUCAAAGCAGGUGGAAAACAAGGAGCACCUUUGGAGAAUGUGGAGCAUUGUCGUUAAUCCUCUGACAGAAUGGAUUAAUCAGACCAAUGAAGUGAAUCAGGGGGAUGCCCUGGAGCACAACUUCAGUGCUGUGUACAGUGCAUUGCUGCUGCCAGUGUCACACAUCUUCCCCACCCAGGGCUUUCCCCAGCCAACCAUGAAGUCCCUGCUGCGCUCGUGGUCGGAGCUGUACCGAGCCUUCGCCCGCUGCGCCGCCCUGGUGGCAACAGCCGAGGAGAACGUGUGCUGUGAGGAGCUGUGUGCCAAAAUUAUAGCUGGGCUAGAAGGUGAAACUCCAGUAAUGUUUUCCAUGAUGGAAGGUCUCGCCCAUGUUGUCUCAGUCAUGGUUGACUGCAUCAACUUUGCUCCAUAUGGUACCAAAUACCAGCCAAAAACCAGAUCUCCACAGACACCUUCAGAUUGGUCUAAGAAGAAAAAGGAGCCCCUGGGCAAACUUGCCUCUCUCUUUAAGCUCCUGGUGAUGUUACUGGACUCCUUCCACGUGUUCAGCUCCCAAGAAACCUGCUCAGAAACACUGAUCUCUGUGGGUCCUUCAGUCCUUGCUGCUCUUCACAACAUCAUCAGCCACAUUUCGCUGCCCUCAGUGAUGGGCACCAUGUUUGCCAUUUUUUCCAAGCCCCUGGCAGUGUUUUAUGAAAAAACCAAGCUCCCUGAGGUACCUAAAGUCUACAGUAAUCUUAACAACAAGCUUGAGAAGCUGCUGGCAGAGAUUCUGCAGUGUCUGCAGUCCCACUGCACGGGCUCCUACGACAGUGAGAUGCUGGAGCAGCUCUCCCCACUGCUCUGUGCAGGGUUCCAGCACAGGAGCAAACAGCUCAGGAACCAGUGUGCCCAGUUCUGGAAUUCCACCUUUGCCAAGACUGCCUCACUCACAUACCCUGAGGAGUUAAAAUCUGUGUUAAGCCAAGCCAAAAAGAAAGUUCCUCUCCUGCUGCCUGGCUUUGAAAGCAUUGAGAUGGGUGAAGAAUGCAGUGGGCCCUUCUCUGACACGAUGGAAAAUUCCCAGCUGGAUGCAAAGAUCAGUGGAAUGGAAGUGAAGCUGGGUCAGAAACGAGAUUCUAUAUUGGCACAGAUGAGUGACCAGAAAAACGAUGGAAAAGACAAGUCCAGUAACGUGCAAGUAACACCUGCAAAGUUAAAACUAGAAUUUGCAUCUUCGAAGACUCCAAGUGAGAUACUUCUGGAAGAGGAGAAAUCAGUUGAUUUUGUGUUUAUUCCUCCAGAAACAAAAGCAAGAGUAUUGACAGAACAUCAGAAAGAAGUGCUGAGGUCGAAGAGGGUUGACAUUCCUGCCAUGUACAACAACUUGGAUGCAUCACAAGACACCACCUUAUUUUCUCAGGAUACUCAAAGCCAGGAGGAUUCUUUGGAAGUAUCACCUUUAAUAGAAAAUGCCAAAGAAGAUACUGAAAGCAAGCCUCAGGAAGAAAACACAAGGAGUGAAGGGUGUCCCACAGGGGAGAGCUCAGCUCCCACCAGCGAGGGGGAGUCACAGAACCACACAGCCGAGAUGGUUCCAGAGGAGCCAUCAGCUGGAGAGCAACUAGAGACAAGCUCUGUGGAAGCAACUUCCAAGGAGACCUCGGCAGGGAAUGAAAACACUUCCAAUGCCAGCAACAGCUCAGCUUCCAGCGAUGUAAUUUCUGGGACCCCCCAGCCCGUGAGCCGCCGGCAGUCCUUCAUCACCCUGGAGAAGUUCAGCGGGACAGAGAACAGGCCCUUCAGCCCAUCACCACUGAACACCUUCUCAGAGCUGUCCAGAGGGGCUGCCCUGGCAGGCAAACAGGAAAAUACAAGUGUAAGCAAGACCAGUGCUAAAGCAGAGAAAUCUGGAGAAGAAAACAAAAAGCCUCCGGAUCCGGAGCCUGUCCUCGCGGCCAUCCGGAGGCUCACGCGCCGGCAGUGCAAGAUGGAGCUCCAGGGAAACAAGUCCAAGCUGAUGAACAGGUCAGAACAGGAGUCUCUUGCCUCUGACAGCAUGGACAGUACUCCUGAGCUGUGCUCCACGGUAGAGGACGUGGAGCAAAUCCUCCUGUCCCAGUCACAGACUCUCCACUCCACAGAGGCAGACAUCAGGAAAGUCGAGGACACCAUUGCGGAGAUAGAGAAGGCCCGGGCCUUGGACAUGGAUUCCAAGGAAAACACCCCCCCAGACACCACCACCUCACCCGACCAGGCCACAGGGGAGGACACCCAGGUGUCACAGGUGUCCCCUCAGCAGAAGGUGCUCCGACGUUCCUUGAGGCGCCGGUCAGAGACUGCAGAGAGCUCCUCGGGGAGCCAGGACAAGGAGGAGGGGAUCCAAAGGAGGGACAGGCGGAAAGAGGAUGACAAGUCUGGGCAGAAGAAGGUGUCACAGCCUAAGGAUGAUGGAUCCCCAAAGCAGAAGGGGAUUUCUGGGAAAACAGCAGAAAAGAUGAGUACAAAAGAGAGCAGCCAACCCGAGAGAACUGCAGAGGACCGGAGCUCCAAGGACUCUCCUUCCAGGGGCCUCGAUGAAGAAGGGAGCAGGCGUGGCAGGAGGGCAGAGGAGCCCCUGAUGGCUGAGGGGGAAGGUCAGGACAGCAGCCUGAAGGUGGUGGAGCGCCCACGGUACCACACCAGGAGAGCUGCCCAAGGGUUGCUCUCCAGCAUAGAGAAUUCAGAGGCUGAGGGCUCUGCCAAGGAGGAAAGCACAAGGAAGAGAAAAUACACAAAAGUGAAAGCCAGAAGUGAUUCUCAGGAAGGUAAAUUGAAAGAUGGGCAGCCAGGAAGCCACAACCAUGAGGUGUCUUCCCAGGAAAAUGAAACUCAGAGUCCACUGGAAGCAGAUAAAGGGGAAGCUGAAAUCAGCACAGCUGAACCAUGUGGCCUUGAAAACCAGGGAAUUCCUCCCACUGCUGGUGAAGUUGUGGGAUCUGCCAGCUCUGGGAACCCACCUGCUGCUCAGAACACCAGUGAGGAGGAAAACCAGAGCGAGACAGCGAUGGAGUCACUGCCCAGCCCCUCUGUGUGUGAGCAGGACGGGAAAGCAGCACAGCAGAACCAGCAGGAGGAGAGGCAGACAAGCCCAGGGGGCUCUGCACCAGCAGCAGAUGCUUCAGGGGCUGAGCAUUCCUCUCUGCAAACCCCUGAGUGUCACAGCAAAAGGAGCAGGAGGGUGAAAAAAACCAAGAGCUGCGAUUGCUGUUUUAAAAAACCAAAGCAACAAAUAACAUCGUUCACUGAAUCCAGAAAGAGGAAAACUCCUGAGCCGGACGAGCCCCAGAUCAGCCCGGUUCAGACCCCUGGAGGUGGCUCAAAGCUGUGUGGGCACUCAGAUUUUGAGGAAAGCUUCUCCCUGGCACCUUGUGCCAUGAGCACUCCGGUGCAUCCCCCAAAGGAACCCAGGAUGGGCGACUUGGAAAGCCAGGGAACAUCUGUGGGUACCCUGCAAGGAAGCAGUGUUGGGAUGGAGGUGGAGCCAGAGAAUCCAGAGUGUUCAGCGGGUGAAACUACUGACUCCAUAGAGGAAAUAAAGGAACCUGCUCAUCAGAAGGAGCCAACGGAGCAGGGAACAGCAGCUCCAGAGAAGGAGGGAACAGCAGCUCCAGAGAAGGAGGGAACAGCAGCUCCAGAGAAGGAGGGAACAGCAGCUCCAGAGAAGGAAGAAAUAAGUCAGAAUGGACAACUGGAGGAGGUGCCUGAGGAACUGCCUGUUGAUAGCAAACCUGAGGAAAAGGAGAUCAACAAUCUGGAAAGCAAUCAGGAUGAUAAAGCAGAAGCUGAGAUUACUGCAGGAGAAACUUGUGUUAUUCCAGAGAAAGAGAUGAAGGAGGAAUUAAUGGAAACUGAAAUAACAAUGUCUGAAAAUGCAGCCUUGGAAAAUCCCAGUGUGGAGUCACCUCUGAAGGCAGAAGGUGAUGCUUUGAUGCCGGUGAAUGAGAGCCCCACCAGCAUCCAGGCCCGCUGCACGUGGUCUCCCUCAGCUUCCCCUUCCACCAGCAUUUUGAAGAGAGGUGCAAAGAGAAGUCACCAAGAUGAUGAGUCCCUGUCACCUGCUCAUAAGAUCCGCCGGGUGUCCUUUGCAGAUCCCAUUCACCAGGCGGGGCUGGCGGACGACAUCGACAGGAGGAGUCCCGUGGUCAGAUCCCACUCCUCACCCUCUUCCAAAAGCCUGAAAAUCUUGUCCAAUAUUCAGACUAAGCACAUUACCACUCCAACCAAAGGAUUUCUGUCCCCAGGAUCUCGUACCCUUAAAUUUAAGAGCUCAAAGAAGUGUUUAAUUACAGAAAUGGCCAAGGAAUCUCUGCCAUGCCCUAUGGAACACGUGUACCCAGCCUUGGCUGGCUGCAAAGCUCCUGUGGAUGUCAUUUUACCCCAGAUCACAUCAAACAUCUGUGCCAGAGGUUUGGGGCAGCUCAUCCGAGCCAAGAACAUCAAGACCGUGGGGGACCUGAGCUCUCUGACAGCCCUGGAAAUCAAAACCCUUCCCAUCCGCUCUCCCAAAGUCUCCAAUGUCAAAAGAGCUCUCAAGGGAUAUCAUGAGCAACAGGUAAAGUCUCGAGUGUCGGAGGAAAUGGUGGUGCUUGAAGAUGCUGACAAGCCUGUAAAUGAUGUGGAGGAUAAAGCACUCUGUGUAGAUGAAGAAAAGCUUGGAACAGACCUGGCUGAGCCAGCCAUGCCCAACACGAGCGACCAGCCCCCGGCAGAUCUCCUGAGCCAGAUCCAGGCCCUCUCUGCCCAGCUCAGCUCCGAGGAUCUCCACAGCUAUUCUGGGAGCCAGCUCUUCGAGAUGCAGGAAAAACUUGCUGACAUGUCCACCUGCAUCCUAAAAAACCUGCAGUCCCGCUGGAAAUCACCACCCCAGGACAGCUCCCAGUAGCUGCUUCCCGGGGCUCAGUAAGGAGGAUUUUGUUACAACAGGUUUUUUCCCCCCCACACACCUUGUUUUUCUUACUGGUGAAUUACUCCUUAAACUGUGCAUUUUGAACAGAAGAUAUUUUUUAACUCCUACAUCAAUUUAUUGUCAUGGGAUUGUUGGUUUUUUUUUUCCUUAUUCUUUUUGUUGUUGUUGUUGGUUUUUUUCCCCCCCCUAAUUUGUGGGACUACUUCCUCCCUGGCAGAGGUAUUUGUCUUGUGUUGCUAUGCAUAUUUCUUUCAGGUAGUGGAAGGGAACUUGACAAGAGUUGUGCAAUAGCAAAGAGACUGUGAAACCAAACCAACAGAGUAGUUAAAUUAUUUUUUCAGACCCGAAGUGUUCUUAGUGCUGCAAACUCUUCCUGUGGGGCCAGAGCUGCAUCUCCCAGCUCUGCUCCUCUGCUGCCCCGGGGGGUUCCUUUGAGCUGCUCAGACUCUGCCAGAACAGCACCUGUGAGGUGAGCUGGGCUUAAUUCCUUAAGCAGGAACCUGGGAUUUGUACUGGAUCUAUUUUUCCACGUAUUUUUGUACGACUCACACUAAGAAGUGACAGGACGGGUGUGCACAGACUCUGCGAAGCCUCCCGGGCUUUGCCCCAUGUCCAUGGGUGGCAGCAGUUCUCCUGGUGGGAGAAGACUUUUUCCUUGGGGAAAUGAAUGGAUUUGGCAAGAAGCUUCUUGUAUAUUGUGUACAGACUGACAGCAGAUGUUUGGUUACUAAUUUAUGAUCGGGAUUUUAAUUGCAUGGAAUGCAUUGCUGCUUCUCGGAGACCUUCAGCGAGAGUUCCCGGGCUUUCCUCUGGAAUUCUGAUCUGUAUAUAUUGUACUGUAGCUAUCAGAGUGGGUGUUUAUUGGAAGGAACUGCUGCAGGUGCUUUUUAAGAGUUACACAUGGGCAAAUAAAAGAGAAAAUAGUUCCCAAACUUGUUCAUGGCCCCGUGGUUUGGUGGUUGUGGGGUUUUGCCUGUUCAGCUCCCCCUCGGCAUUGCUUUGGAUUCCCAAGGCUGGGAGGGACCUUGGAAGGUCUCCAGUGCUGCUGUAAGGUGGGAGCAGGUCCUCAAGGAUGUGGUGGGAUCAUCAGCAGGAUUCUGAGUAUUCUGUUUGUGUGUCUCAUGGACAAAAGGAACAGGACAAAGAGGUGGCCUGCAGCUGUAAUGGGAAGUUGGCUGUAGGGUUUUGUGCUUCCCUGGAAAUGUUACUUUGGUUCUAAAUCUGCCUCCUUAAGUGUGUUCAGCUCUUACAGCCAGUGAUCUGUGAGAUCAGUUCCUGCUUUCAGCACAAGGGAACACAUCCAUUCUACUGCAGAAACAUCAGCUUUAUUCAGUCACUAAUUUACAAGAAAUAACAGCUUUUGACCCCAGAACAGUUGCACGAAGAACACAUUCAUGAGACCUCAGCAAGCAGGAGAGGGUUUCUUUUUCCCCUCCCCAAAUAAAUUGGUUUGAAAUACUAAGCUUAGAUGUUGCUUAUUUGUGAAAGGAAGUGAACAGAUUUAAACACAUAGCCCCAAAAAAAUUCUAUAGUUUUUAUAGAAUGAAUAAAGUAAUGCUUGGGAGUCUUA